CCCUCCCCAGCCGUAAAUCCGCGGAGCUGAGCCGGCUGGCUUCGGUUCCCCCAAUCCGAGCUGCCAUGGCGAGCGGGGUGGCCGCCUGCUGCGUCCUCUUGGUCCUGAUCCUUUGCGGGCGCGGCGGCGCUGCAGAAACGGAAGAAGUGGCAGUUGGCGAACUGAACGGGGAGGUGUCCCUGCGAUGCUGGAACGAGUCUUCUCAAGUGUUGGUGGUCCAGUGGUUUAACGGCGAGCCGGGUACGAUACCCAUGCUCUUCUCCUCCGAUGGAACGCUGCCUUCAGACAGCCGCUUUUCCCUUGUGGGAAACAGCUCCCUACACAUUUCGGGAUUGCGCUUGGAGGACGAAGGUCACUACGUCUGCAGGGAGAUACUGGCUGAGACCAACCAUACCCACAAGGUCCAGUUACUGAUAGCCGAUGGACCAGACCGGAUGGAGGUCAGCAUAUCUCCCACCGGGAUAUUGCCAAAUGGCACGCUUUAUGCCAAAAGACACGAUGUCUUGAAUUUCACCUGCAGCAGUGACUCAAGGCCUGAUUCGGCCACUAAGUGGGAUUUUAAACCACUUGGUUCCGCGCAGGAACCGUUCACCGAUGUCAACGGCUCACGGAGUUCUUUCGUGCUAAAAAACGUCAUGCCCAACUACCAAGGGAAUUACUCCUGCCUGGCCACCAACUUGUUGAGCCAACGUCAGAAGUCCGCCACCCGUGAACUCUUGGUGUACUAUCCCCCACCUUCGUCACCGAAAUGUCGGGCCGAAACCUCCAUGGAAAACUCUCAGGUCGUUCAACUGUCAUGCAGCUGGCCGGGGGGCUACCCAUCCCCUACACUCCAGUGGAUCAACCCGGAGGAUCUCGUCAUGGAUUCCAACACGACCCACCUUGCCAACGAUACAGUGGUGUCUCUGCAAGGAUCCCGCCAGCUUUGGGGCAAGGAAUUUAUCUGUCGCGGAAGCCAUAUCGCGAAUGAGAAGGAGAUGCAGAAUUGCACCUCGCGCUUGGAGAGGCCCUCGGUCAUGUCCAACCCGAUGAGGAGCUGUUUUGUGGGGAGAUCCGUAGAGAUGACCUGUGAAUUGACAGCCGGCAACCCAGCUGCGAGGAUCACCUGGCUACGCAACCUCUCCAAGGUGGAGAUGGAGAUCCGGUCAGGGGGCAGGUUUCUCGUCAGCCAAACGGACGGGGUCUCCACCCUUGUCAUCCAGAAUUGCUCCACCAGCAGAGACCGAGGAAGCUACAUCUGCAAGGCUGAGAACCCCCUGGGCCUGAGAGAGGUCUAUGUUCACCUGAAGGUGACAGAGCCUGUAAACGUGGCUGGAAUUGUGGGGUCUGUUGUAGUCCUUUUAUUGUUGGGAGUUUUGGUCUUUGCUGGAAUCCUUCUCUAUGCAGGACCUCAGGUGUGCUUCAAAGUGAACGUGCUUCGGAAUCGAGAUGCAGGUGACAUCCUUGAACUUAUGGACUCAGAAGAAGAGGACCUGUACUUGGAGUCCACCAGCGAACCGACGUUACAUCAGAUGGAAGGGAUAGGAAACGGAUGUUCUACCAGAUCUACUGAAAGCUCGUUUCCGGAAACGUCCAUUUCCCUGGAGGAAAUGCAGCGAUCCAAACCCACCUCGUAGAGCAGACGAACUCUUCCUUUGCUUUAUGUACUAAGAACGGAAGCCGUCUUGCCACCCUUUGCAAAGGAUUCCUGCAAAGUGAUCCCCAUCUGGGUUGAUCUCUUUUUUUUUUUGCCUCUCCUCGUAUUCCUUCCCGUCCUGCUGCUGCUUGGCUGAGCUGCGCGUCCUGUGGAAUUUGAAACAACGUUGGUGACGUAAGGCGAGGAUAAGAAUGAAGUGGCUUUUUCGGAAGUGGAGGAAGCAGCAUUUCCAGGACAAUUUUCCGUGGAGAAAGAGAAGCCUUGUGACCCUGUGGAAGAGCUGGAGGAAGAGGGAGAGAUUUCCCAGCUGGUCCUGGAUUCUUCUCCCACCCCCCAAUCCCAGUUUAGAUCCUCUUUGGAUAUGACUCUUAACAGGAGUCAAAGCUUGUAGGUCAGUAAUGGCUCACCUUUUCUGGAUCCGGUGCCCAAAGCGCGCACGCACGCGAACCCCCAAAAUGCAGCAGUGAUGGGUUUCAAUUUUUUUUACUACCGGUUCUGUGGGCAUGGCUUGGCGGGCGUGGCAGGGGAAGGAUACUGUAAAAUAUCCCUUCCCACCCCACUCCAGGGGAAGGAUACUGCAAAAUCCCCAUUCCCUCCCCACUCCAGGGGAAGGAUACUGCAAAAUCGUCAUUCCCUCCCCACUCCAGGGGAAGGAUACUGCAAAAUUCCCAUUCCCUCCCCACUCCAGGGGAAGGAUACUGUAAAAUCCCCAUUCCCACCCCACUCCAGGGGAAGGAUACUGCAAAAUCCCUAUUCCCUCCCCACUCCAGGGGAAGGAUACUGCAAAAUCCCCAUUCCCUCCCCACUUCAGGGGAAGGAUACUGCAAAAUCCCCAUUCCCUCCCCACUCCAGGGGAAGGAUACUGCGAAAUCCCCAUUCCCUCCCCACUCCAGGGGAAGGAUACUGCAAAAUCUCCAUUCCCACCCCACUUCAGGGGAAGGUUACUGCAAAAUCCCCAUUUCCUCCCGAUCAGCUGGGACUCGGGAGGCAGAGAAUAGAUGGGGGCGGGGCCAGUCAGAAUUUUUACUACCGGUUCUCUGAACUACGCAAAAUUUCCUCUACCGGUUCUCCAGAACUAAAACCCACCUCUGCCGCGAGGCCCUGCUACAUGCACCAUGCCCCCCACGCAUGCCUGAUGGAGACCCGAAGACCAGCUGGCCGGCAGGAGGUGCGCACACAUGUGCCACGGAGCUGAGCUGGGGCAAUGGCUCAUGUGCACACAGAGAGAGCUCUGCGUGUCACCUUUGGCAUGCUUGCAAUAGGUUCGCCACCACGGUCUUAGGGUGUUGUGUCUGCGCCCCCUGGGCCGGCCCUGCUGCCAGAAAGUGACUCGGAGCCGGGCCUGCUGCCAGAAAGUGACUUGGACAGUGAGGGGGAAGGGCCAUCAGGACUUACCACGGGAGCACCGGCUUCCCUGGCUCAGCUCCAGGAGCCAGAGGCAGGCCAGGUGGAGGAGAUAACGAGGUCUCCUUCCCCUGACUCUUUCCCCCCCCCAGGCCACGCCUGCAGACCCAGCUGACAGCAAUCAGGCCUGGAUGGACCCUAGGUUUUGUAGGCAGGAGAGGAGGGAACAACAGAAGCAGGGGUGGGGCAGGCCUAGGAAGUGCUGAGUCAUGGAGCCACACCCCACAGGAUAUAAAAGGCAUCCAGAGCUGCUGUGUCUCUUUGUAACAGGCAAAUCCACUGAUUGACUAGAGCUGAAGUUUGUGACUCACCAGCGUCGUGGAAGAUAACGAGGGCUCUUGGCAGACGCUGGCUCUUUUGUCACCAGAGCUGAUAGUGCCAGCUAAAUAAGCCAUCAUUCGGACGGAGGUGGAGGAGGACAGAACAUAGGGUCUGUUUCAGGAAAGGAAAUGUCACAGCAGCCCGUUUUUGGGGUGGGUGGGGGAAAUAACUAAACAGGGAAGCAUCACCGUCUCGCCUAGGUGUGGAUGCCUUGAAGCACCUAAAAACCUUGUGUGUCCUCUAAGGCAGUGGUCACCAACUGGUGGUUCGAGGACCACUGGUUGUCCGUGAGAAAAUUUUGGUGGUCUGCAGAAAAAUUAUUUGCAUGUUUUAUAUUGCACUAAAUACUAUUUAUCUUUUUUAAAAAUUCA